AUGUCUGCGCCACGUUGGUAUUUGAGGUCAUCGGAGGAAGAUCCAGAAAGUGGCGUUUUCCCAUUUGCUAAGGACUGGCGAAAUCCGAACACCGCGUGGACAGGAGGCGACAAGGCAGUGUUUUUGAUCGGAUACGCGCUGUUCUGGGCGUUGGUCUGCGUUGUCGUGCAUCGUUGGCCCAAGAUUGCAGCAUGUUGCCGGCGUGUCAAGCAAAGCGUUGGUGUUGGUGCCAGGGCUAUGCGAAUGCGUGACCAGCGGACACCAUUGGUGGAGGAUGUCGCUGAGCUGUGCAGUCAGUCUGACCAUCUUGCGAUUGGGCCGACGCCAUCUUAUCCCUCAGACAGGAGAGUCAUUGAGCUUUUCGAGGAGCAGGCAAAGGAACGUCCUGCGGCGACAGCUCUAAUCGUUCCUGGGGCGGGCCGAGCCUCCCAGGAGAUAACGUACAAAGAGUUGGCUGCAUGUGUGGAUGAGGUUGCUGAUUCACUGCUGUCCUUGGGCAUCUCAUGCGGGUCAGUUGUCGCGCUGGUCAUGGACCGAAGCGUGGCGCAAGUGGUGGCGGUGUACGGCACAUUGAAGGCAGGUGCUGCGUUUCUGCCUGUGGACAAUGAUGCCCCACUGGCGCGAAAGCAGUUUCUACUUCAUGAAAGUGAAGCAGCAGCCAUGAUUGGAGUCGCAGGCGAUGAAGUGGCUCGUGAGCUAGCAACGGAGAUUGGUUGCAACUUCCUCGCUUUGCCUGCGGAUGGCUCCCGGUCUGGUCUGCAGCUGCUGCGCAGGCAGCGGUCGCGCACACACUCCUUCGAGGGUGAGCCUGGCCUAAGCGCGGGCUACGCAGGCGGCUAUCGUCGUCCAGAGGCAUCCGAUAUGGCUCUGCUGAUCUACACUUCCGGAACAACUGGUGCUCCCAAGGGCAUUGUGUACGAUCACCAACACCUCAUGCAUGGUGUGUAUUUCUUCGGCAGCCACUGCCAGGUGGAUUCAACAUCUGUGGCGUUACUAAAGUCUCCGUACUUUUGGGCCAUCAUCGAGUGGGAGAUGUUCCCGGUGUUGACGCAAGGUGGCAAGUUGGUUGUUGCAUCAGCCAAUGGACACAAAAGCCCUGAGUACUUGGCCAAUACUAUUGCCGCUGAGGAGGUCAGGGUCUUCAUGGUAACUCCGCAGGUUCUGGAUCUGGUUCUGGAUGUUCACGAUUCUCAAGGCAAUGCACGACCCCUUCGCUCGGUGAAGCACAUCGUCACCGUCGGUGAGCCGCUGGGCUGUGCAGUCGCCAACCGUGCCAUGCGAACCAGAGGUCUGGAGGCACAGGUGCACAAUUUCUACGGAGCAUCUGAAAGCUCUUGCACGGUGUACACCGUCCCGAAGGAAGGGAUUGAUCUGGAAAUCUUCCCGUCGAAGGCCCCAUGUGGUCGGCCCCAGCCACAUUCGAAAGUCUUCGUGAUGAGGGAAGACGCUCAGGAGUCUGGACCUGCCGUUCUGGUCCAAGUUCCUGGUGGUGAGGCAGGUGAGAUUUGCUUUGGCGGCGUUCUGGCUGCAUGCUACUGGAAGCACGAAGAGCUGACCGCCCAGAAGUGGGUCGACACGAAGGAGUUCGGCAGACUCUACAGAACGGGAGACAUGGGCCGGUGGAGGGCUGGGCAGCUGGAGGUGAUUGGCCGCGUGGAUCGUCAGGUGAAGAUUCGUGGAGUUCGCGUUGAGCCGGAGGAGGUUGAAGCAGUCCUCAGACGGUAUACCUACGUGACCUCCGAGGAGGAUGGGCCGUCGGGUCUUGAGCUCGGAAGCGGGCCGCGGCCCGGUCUCAAAGAGGUCGCUGUGGUUGCCUCGAAGGAGCCUGCCGAACUGGUGGCUUUUGUCAGCCUCCGUGAAGGUCUAGAUGGAGCUGUUACUUCCGAGACCCUGCGAGCUCACUGCCAGGCAAACCUGACACCAUCAUAUGUUCCCAAGUUCUUCGUCAUCCUGCAAGAGCUUCCCAAGCUGCCGAAUGGAAAGUCCAAUCUGAAGCAGCUUACAGAGAUGGCUACAGACCAUGUGGUCGAAGAGGGCGAGGUUGUAAUGGACUCCCUAGGGCAGAUGAAGAAGCUGUCCAAGUGGGCCAUAUUCGAGAACCAGGUAAUUCACAGGUGCUACGCGUGGUGGAUGAUUGGCGUCCUGACCGAUCACUACAUGCGCUGUGCCAUUGACACGGACUCUGAUCACAAGUACUACCCGUUCUGCACGACACUGGCAAGGACAGCAGUCAAGCCUUGGUCGGAGAUCCUCGUGCGUUCAUUGGGGAAUGAUCAGGACUUGUUCGGCUUCAUCAUGCUGGGAGCCUACCAAGACUCCCGGCCAGACGCUCCAGGAGGACCCCCAAAGGUCAAGUUUGGGAUGAAGGACGUGUUUGUGCUGCUCGUCUACAUGGCCAUGGCCAUGCCGUUCCCCCAGAUCCUGCACUUCAUCUUCCGGCAGCUGGCGUGGCCAAUCGAUUGGGGUGGCAUGGAGCCCACGAACGAAUGGGGCUGGAGCUAUAUGCAGGUGAACUCUUACACGUCGGAUCACCGGUGGUAUCUGGGCAUGGUUUUCUCUGCCAGGCUGUAUCUGGAGAUUUGUGAGCGCAUCCAGGUCCCAGGGUGGUUGCAAGGCAUCUUAGCCACCAUCCCGUGCUUGUUGCCUGAUUCUUCUUUCGAAGGCCCCGACCGGCGGCCCUUCACAUUCGACGUUUGCGAGAGCCAGAGUGCCCAGGUCUAUGUGAUGUGGACCUUCUCGUGGAUCUUCCGGAACUUUGGAACCGGAUGUCCCAUGUACCUGCGCUGGGUGUCGUGGUACUUGGCUUUCUACGUUUGGAGCUUCCAUUACCUCAGGCCGGCGGUAACUUUGUUGUCGAAGCGGCUCCCGAAGGGCCCAACCUGGGCUGCUGCAGCCCUGGGCGGCAGCAUGUUCAUCGGGGUGUUGAUGGCUUUGUUCCACUACCCGAACAAUGUGCUGGAGAACGGUACCGGCAUGGCCUGGGCUUGGCUCGAGAUCGGCGUUGACAUCAUUCAGCCAACCCUGUUCGUGCUGGGAAUGACUUACGUGCCCUUCGACCUUGCCUGGUGGGGGAACACUACGUUGGGCGCGUACGUCUUCCACUUCUACUUCCGAGAUCACGUAGCUGUGCUGACCAUGAGCAUCUGCGAUGGACUUGCCUGGGAUCAGACCGGGCUUCUGGUAGUGGCGGUCAUUUUGCUGCUCUGCCUCGUGUUCACGACCUUCCUUGGGCCUCUCGGGCACUACAUCCUUCUGUCGCCGACGUUUCUGUACUCACGUGUUCAUCGAAUCCUGAAUCGCAGCCGAGCCUAA